CCUUGUUAUCCAAAACAUCAGAAAGAAGCAGCCCGACGACCUCCUGCGCCCGGCCCAGCGGCUCCCCUGACCCAACUCCGGUCAUCUUCGCCGGGUGGAUCGAACACCGCGCGCCUCCGCCGUCUCCCCCUCCCCCCGCGCUCCUUCUUCCGGCGGCCCCUACUCCCUCUUCCGCCGCUCCUUGCGCGCGGCGCCGCCUUCACCAGCACGCCCGCCCUGGCCGUCGCCGCCGCGGCCCGUCUCAGGAGAAUACGGGGGGAGGAGGAAGGCCGCGCGCUAAUGGGUCCGCCCACCAACCUCGUUGGGUGAGCGAUGCGGCGGCCCCAACCGCUCGCGAGGUAUACGGGGAAAUCACAUGUGGAAGGCGUGGCAGUUGCGCCGAGCAAUCCAUCUACGGCGUCGUCGACCAAGCUCGAAUCUAAGGAGAGAGCCCAAGAUUGAACACCGAGGCUAUGCCAAUAAUGCUCCGGAGUUGAACUCCAACAAAGGGAGCUUGUUUGAUGGUGAACGCUGCUACACCCUGGGGAAGAAAGAAGGCACCUCUCUCUGCAAUUCGGCCGUUGCCGGAUCUUCGGAGGAAGCCGGAUUUAGUGCGGAGCACGAAACUGGGGAAAAGUGCGAGGCUGAUGUCCAUUUGGUAGCAAAACUGGGCCCUGGUAUUGGGAAAUUGAUUGUGUCCAAGUGCUCUUUCAUUUUUGACACUGGAAGGGACACCUUUGAAGGGAAUUGCAGCUUGCGGGAUGUUCUUAAGCUUGGUCUCUGGCUCUCACCGGAGACCCUCCGCAGGUUCUGGCGUGCUUCGCGGCUGAGGCCUGAGGAUUUUCUUGACAUUUUGAUCGGUUUCGGACCAGGUGCAGCAGAAGUUAGGAACGCAAGAUUUCUGUGGAAUAUGUAUAGGUGGGCUUCGUGGCAGAGCAAGGACUUCCGACAUCUUCCAAGGUCGAAUGACAUCAUGGUGUCAAUACUUGCAGAUGCUCAUAUGCUCAACCAAGCUGAAUCGUUGCUUCUCUUGCUGGAUGACAACAGGGCUCUGACCGAUGCGAGUAGACUGUUCAGUCAGAUUACCCAGAUGUAUUCCGAAGCUGGCCACCUCGACAAAUCAGUGGCACUUUUUGAUCGUGCAAGGUCCAAGUGUUUGGUUCCUUCAGCCUCAUGCUAUCAAGUACUUCUAAAUCGUCUGGUCGGAAAGAGAAAAGAGGCGUUAGUAUUAAGAGUAUAUGUGGACAUGCUUGAAGUUGGAUUAGGCUCUUGCACAGAAGGAGAUGUUCUUGAUUUUGUUGUCAAUGAUUUAGUCAAGGGAGACAAAUUCUUACAGGCUAUUCGUAUAAUUCGGCAGCUAAAGAGCUUGAACAUUGAAAUAAGCAAGGGAUCAUUGUCAACUGUCGCAAAAGAAUUUUGCAAGAAGAAGGAUAUUGGUGAUAUGAUGAAUUUCUUGGAAGAGUGGAGGUAUUUACCUGAGCUGCGUCUUUGCAAUCGAAUGCUUGCGUCUUUGUGCACAAAUCUUGGUACUGACGAGGCAUGGUUUGUCUUGCAAAGAUUAGAGUCCUUAGGAUUUGCCGCAGAUGCUACAACCUUUGGCAUUUUCAUAUGCCAUAGCUGUAGAGAAAUGAAACUCAAAGCUGCAUUCCUCUAUUUAUCUGAGUGCUUUUCUAGACAUAUUGAACCUAAAGUUUGUGCUUAUAAUGCUAUUAUAGGUGGUGUUUUCACAGAGGGAUUGUACAGACAUGCGAAAUAUAUCCUUGAAGACAUGAUUGAAAGAAAAAUAAUGCCAGAACUUUUAACAUACAGGAUACUUCUGGCAGGAUAUUGCAAGUAUAGGCAGUUUGAUGAUAUAGAGCAUAUCUUGAGAACAAUGGAGACUAAUGGUGUAAAUGAUCUUCCAUCUGGAAAUUGUGUGCUCUCUAAGGCCUUAUCCUUCCUGGGGCUAGACCACUUAGGAGUGAAGGUCAAGAGAGAUAACGCCACUGGCUUCCCGAAAGCUGAGUUUUUUGAUUCAGUAGGCAAUGGCCUGUAUUUGGACACUGACUCCAAAAGGCUUGAGAUUUCGUUGGUACAGAUUCUUGAUAAUGCUCUUUACCUAGAUAUUAACUCGAAGAUAGUCAGUGCGUGUCAGCAAGGCAAUGUUGCAAGUGCUCUUCUGCUGAAAAAUGAAGCUUUUCAAUGGGGACAUUACAUUUCACCAGCUAGCUCUUCAGAACUAAUCAAGUCCUUGUGCGCAAGCCCUGCGCAUGUUAUGGAUGUUAUUGACCUUAUGAAGGAAAUGCCAUAUACAUUUGAUAAAUUGGAUGCUCAAACUCUAAAUUUAGUCGUCCAAACACUGAGUAAGAAUGAGAUGUCAGCUUGUGCAAGAUUAGUUUUGGACAGGUUAUUCAGAAGAGGCUUGCCAGUCAAUCAAGAUACAUAUACUUAUUUGCUUUUAGGCUUCUGUACAGAAAGGAACAUCGCAGGGUUUUGGGAGUGUUGGAAUGUUGCAACAAAGUUUAGUUGGUCUCCUGAUAAGAAGGAUGUGAUACCCCUCAUCAGUCACUUGUGCAAAUGGGGAGUAAUGGAGGAAGCCUUGCAGCUUAUAAGUGCGCUGCUGGACUGCUAUCCAUAUUUGUUUUUUAGUGCAUAUUGUGCACUUCUCAAAGAGUUAUGCAGGACAGGUUACACUAAUGUUGGAUGUGCGAUGCUGGAGGCUCUCCUAGAAAAGGGUGUGGAUGUGAGCCGUUCCCUGAUUCUUAAUGUGGCAGAGGGCUUCCUAAAGGAGCAGAGGACUGUCGAAUCGAUUGGAUUGUAUGACAUCUGCCUUAACAAAAUAAAAGUAUCGGAUGUGUUCACCCACCAAUUUGCGUUCUCUUCACUAGCAUGGUUUGAUGCAGAACGAUGCAAGGACUUGGUACAGUCUAUGAUGAAAACAGAAUGUUCUGAUGUCCCAGCUUGCAGCUGCAUUGUGAACGAAUUACUGCAGACAGGAAAAGUAAGCCAGGCAAUAUCAGUUGUUCAAGCAUCCACUUUAGGGAAGAAAUUAAGUGACAAAUUGCUAAAUUCCAUCCUUCAAUCAUAUUGUUGUCUAAACAAUUGGAGAAAAGUAGACGCAGUUCUGUGUAUCAUGCUAAAGAUACAUGCUAGCAUUUCUAUUUCUAGCUACCGCCUACUUGUCCGCAGAAUGUGUGAGCAGAGUCAGUUUUCUAGUGCGUUAUGCCUUAAGGAGCUGAUGCAAGACAGUGAGAAGUCAACAGAUCUGAUUUUAUACAACAUUCUGUUAUUCUGUCUUUUCAAGAGAAGAAACAUUUUGCAGGUUCAUGAGUUGUUGAAGGAUAUGAAAGGUAACGGUAUUUCUCCAGACAAAACAACAUAUGAUUUCCUUGUUUAUGGCUUUCACAAGUCUGGAGAUACCGAUCGUUCAGUUACUAUGCUUGAUGCUUGCAUUGCUCAGGGAUUAACACCAACCAACCGCAGUCUCAGAAUAGUAUUGAGUCACCACUGCAUGUUAGGGAACCUCGAGAAAGCACUGGAAUUAUUUCAUCUGAUUGAGGGCAGUGGAUGGAAGCAUGGUUUAGUCAUUGAGUUGACUCUCAUUUCAGCUCUCCUUUCAUUUGGAAGAAAUUCUGAAGCAAAAUCAUGUCUGAACAACCUGAGCAGAAGUGCACUAACUACAUCUUACAUUAGUUUUGAUGUGCUAAUCAAGGAAUUCUGCAGACAGGGUGACGUGGAAAUGUCUGUUAAUCUGAUAAAUACAAUGUUGAAGCAUGGUAGACUUCCAAGUGAAGCUAGCUACAGCUCUGUCAUUCACAGGCUGUGUAUACUGAAAGAAUUUGACCGGGCGCUUGAUUUUCUUGCUGAGAUGCAGUUGGAAAACCUAAAACCAAGUGAGAGAUCCUGUGAUGUGCUCAUGCGUGGCCUUUGUUCAAUGGGAAGAACCAGUGACGCUAAGAAGAUUUUGGAUUUGCUAAGGACCUUUGGGUCUGCAGCAUCCUUUGGCAUGUAUAGAACUGUUUUUGAUAACUACCGUAGGUGUAACAACACACCGGAAGCCGCAGGACUUCUGCAUGACAUGCAGCAAGCAGGACACGUACCCAACUUUGAGAUGCAGUGGUCUGUGAUAAGCAAUUUAAGCAGUACUGAUAGGAAGACUGAAGGAUAUGAACAACCUAUUUUGUCGAAAAUUAUUUCAUCCAGUCAAUUCCCCAUGAAGGAUAAUAGGAGGAAAUGAUUUUUUUUCCCAUGCAAAGAUAUAGCCAAUGCUGAUGGCAAGGGGAUUAUGGAUGGCUGCCCUCCUACGAAUAACCACCGCAAGGCGGCUGCGUCACUGCUACUGUGGCCGCACAUCGGCUACCAGCUCGCACGCUAAAGCUCUGUAGAAGUGGAACAGUGGGCAAUACAUGGACAUUGAGCCCGUGGCAAAUCUCUUUCUGUUCAUCAUUUGUUGACCACAAAUUGCAGUCCUGGAUGCAUCCCAGCGAAUUGGCAACACAAAAAGUGUAGGGUCUUGCGAGCUCCGCAGCUAGAGAAACAAGAAGAGCAUCAAGAUGACCUUACUUCCGAAGCUGCUCCUCAAAAAUAUUGUCGUGAUUUGAUAUCUCUCAUGUUCUUCUCACGCGAUUAUUCCUUAUAUGAGGGUUUGGUGGAUAGCCCAACGCCACAACACACCUUGAAGGAACCAUCAGGAUUCAGGGCCAUUGUUGUAAGCGCCGAAUCCUGAUUGUGCUCCUACCCUGCCACACUAGGUCAUGUGGUGCCCGCUUGCUCGCAUACCCUGCUCCCGGUGACCAAAACGGGCUUCAUCGUCGACGCUGCAACACUGGAGCUGUGUUGACGGUGUCCUCCGGCCGUCCAUCGUCGUCCACUGCCCGUUUCCCCACAUGUCCUGUCCCGGUCCUUCGACGAUGUUUGUCUUUGUUUGAUCUUUCUCUUCAUGUUAACUUGUGACUUAACCACACGGUCAACCGAGCGUGUGCAAUGUCCUAUUUCGAGUCUCAUCCAAUGUGUUGUUGCUUUUUUCACCAUGAAGCGAUGUAUCAUAAUAUUCGAGGGGUCAUCUUAGCAAUUGAACGGGUUUGUUGGUUUGCUCGUGCUUUAGCGGGUGUUUGGUUUAGAGACUUUUUAGUCCCAGAGACUAGAAAAAGUCUUUAAAAAGUCCCUAAGAACCAAACAGGAGGGACUUUUUCUACAGAGACUAGAAAAAGACUCUACUAGAGAGUCUUUUUUGAUUAGUCCCUGGGACUAGAAAAAGUCCUAGGACUUGUAAACCAAACACCCCCUAGCACUUUUUAUGCAUGAUUCGAGGGGUCUCUUAGUUGCAGCAAACAUCCGCUUUCGUAUCAGUUUCGGACCGUAUUUGCUCCGUGCUCGUUUUUGGCAAGUAUCCGUUUCCGUCCUGCUUUCCGAGAGGUCUAUGUCCGUUUCCGCUUCCAAGCAAAACAUGAAGAACAAAUAGUACAGCACACGUCUGCUUUUUUCUCCUCGUCUCCCCACCAAAGCUCUCUUUACGCGGCCGCGACGACCACCGUCUCUGCAGAGAAGCCAUCACCGACGUCCGGGCGGGGCGCCACCGUCGGCUGCAUCCACCGCCGCACAACCCCUUCCUUCCCGUCAUGCCUCCCGGCGGCCGCUAUGUCCCCGCCGACGCGGAUGGGAUGCCUCGACGCGUAGCAGGUGCAAACGUGGAGGCCGGUGUCCAGACGAGGCUCCGCAGUUGGCCGCAGCCCCCACGACGGGAGCAUCCGGCAUCUGCAAAAACGUAUAUUCCUCCCGGCAAACAGUGGCGGCCUCGAGGCCGACGAUAUGAGUACCCUUAUCAUGGUGUGCCCGCGGGGCGUUAGAGCCAAAGAACACCAACACUUCCUCUUCCUCCACGCAGGCAGAGGCGGCGGCUCACGACGUCUCGCCAACGUCAAGGCACUCGUCUCCAUCUAUUUUGGCUCCUUACUUUUCUGGUUGGCAUUUACAGUUUUUCAUCAGAACAGACCUUGUGGGUUCUUUCCACACGUAUCCUCCUCUGGGUGGGCCGUUCCGGAGCUUGCAGGAAGCCAAGGAUGCUAUCGCUAGCCAUCUCGACGACCUGCGCUCUCCAAUAAUGCGCAAGGAUGGGCUUUCGGAGGCGGAGAUAGCGGUUCGAUAUUGCCUUUACUGGCCUGAUGGCACAAGGAAGAUGUCUUCCAAAGACAAUCCGAAACCUGGGAAUAUCAGCCGAUUGGUUCAAGCUUUACUGGACAAGUACAAUGAAGAUCACCAUCUUUUAGGGGAUCUUGCAUAUGAACUUGAUGGUGUUGUGUGCUUCCAAGAAUUUUAUAUGGGGGAGAUUGGCUGCCUCAGUAUGUACUAUCAUCUCAAUUUUACUACAAAGCCUAAGGAGCUGAUGAUUUUCACGGUGGCAUCAACAAUCUAUUCUUUGCUGAAGUCACACAAAUAAAGGGCGAAAGUGCUGAAUAUGUGCUCAAUUGUUUCUGUAUGGUGAAACGCAAUGACAAUGGCCGAUGCUAUGAAUGUAUGAAUUAUGGAAAUGUUGAUUUGAAGCACCCUGUCAAUGGUGAUAAAUAUAAAGGUCGCCACUCUCACCCACACAAAGUAGGGUACGGUUUGGUCGAUCGAGGGGUACCUGAAUACAUCCAGAAUGAGGAGGAUAUGCUGGCGGAUGAGGAGGCUAGGAUAAGAUAUAUAUACAAGUGCCCUGAUGAUCGUACUAUUGUGGCAAAAUCGGAUGGUGCAAGAAUGCCUGCAGUUUUGGCCAAGAGAGAGGAUGUUGGUUUGGCCAAAAGAGAUGAUGGCCAGGGAAAAGGGAAAUACAUUGUACCUGCAAGGCGUCAGUUGGUUUGAGUAUUCCCUUAUGCAUAUGUUUU